AGGCUUAAUCGUUACACUAAGUAUGGCCCCUAGAAGUAGGUCGAGGUCUCGGGAAGCAUCAAAUAGGAGGCGUCACUCUAGACAGAGUUCAUAUGAUGAUGGGAAGACGAGAGAGCAUGAGCCUCGUGCCCGACGACGUGAUCUAUCACUGGGAAGGAGGUCACCCUCUCCUAAGCAUACCAGUAGUAGUGCCAAGAGGUCCCGUCGUCGAUCCUCUAGUGUGGACAGAGCAGAGCACCGCCAUAGAGGAAAUAGAGAUGGAUCGCGACAUCCGAGGAGAAGGAGAAGUCGAUCUCGUGAUGGCAGCCCUGGUAGACGACGAGACCAUGCUCGCUCACCAAUAGGGCGCAAGAGUAGAAGCCGUAGCGGCAGUCGUGGACGUUAUGAGGAGGAUAGACGUCGUCAUCAUCGCGGGUCCCGACGCUCUAGAAGUCCACUAUCGGAUAGUAGACCUCGGGGGGAGAGGAGGGAUUCUGAUGAUGAGGAUGUUCAGAGGAAGGGAGAGGGGUCGACGAAGCAUCGUAGGCAUCAGCAACCAGUGGUGCCUCCCACCAAGUCGAAUGAAUAUGAAAGGAUUAGUGCAUCGAGUGGUUGGUGGAUGCAUAAGGGUGGUCAUUGGCGUUGGCAUCAAGAUACUAACAUGUACUUCAAUGGAGAUGAUAACCAGUAUUAUCAUAUAUCUUUGAGUACUGGGCGGUGCCGUCUUAUACGGGAUAAGGCUGAUCCUUUAUUUGAGGAGAUGCAGAGGUGUGAACGGGAGAGGGCUAAAUCACUGGAAGAGGCUAAGACGUCAUCUAAAGUCGAUCCAGACUUUGUGGAUUGGGAAGAGGCACAGAAGCUAGCAUCAGGGAUGAAGAAAUCCCUGGAGGAGAGGUCAUCAAUUAGUGAGAAUGCUGUUACCAACGAUGUAGUAAAUGAUGAUACUAGUUCUCCUACAGCAGCUGUUCGGAAGACGGCAUCACUAAGAGAUUACAAGAUCGGUAGAGUUGCUAAGUUCGACCAAGCACGUGGGUUCGGCUUCAUAUACCGAAGCUAUGAAGACUCUCCAUCACCAUCACAGAAGCACCACUUUGAGGACGAUGAGGUACUCUUUGUUCAUCGUAAAGGCAUUGCUGGUAGUACUCUAGACAAACCCCUUAACUUGGACCCAGGCGCACCUGUGAGGUAUUUGGUGUCGUCGGAGAGGGAAUCAGCAGCAGCGGUGAGCUCUACCAAGACGCGAGACCAAGCAGUAGAUGUCAGCAUGCUCUCUGAUCCUACUGAUGUUGAUAGUAUUCUUCCGAUACACGAUCCGGAGCAUUGCUCCGACCCUAAUGAUUCCAAGGCUGCUAAACUGUCCAAUAGCCUCUUAUCUCAUGGUGAGAGUUGGCCUGGCCUGAAGAAGACUCUCCAAGAUAGGACCAUCGUUGGUGCUAGUCUGGAUGCAUUUGGUAUGCUCUAUGGUGUAUUCGAUGGUCAUGGUGGCUCGAGUGUUGCUGAUAUAUUGGUAAAGGAAAUGCCUAGGAAGUUGCUAUUCCAGUUCAAAGCGGCGCAGCUACAGCCUACCUCACCAUCGGUGGAUAUCGCAGCGGCGAUCACUGCAGCUUUCCAACAGGUCGAUAAAGACAUCUUGGAUAGUUGUGAACGGAAACCCCAAUUACAGCCCCAGGGAUCUACUGCUACUAUAUUCAUAGUCAAUGCCGUCCUGUGCCGCGAUGGUAGAGCUAUAGUCCUCACUCGGGAUCAUAACCCAGACGAUCCUAUCGAGAAGUCAAGGGUAGAGAAGGCUGGGGGGCAGAUAAUGCUGGUCCAGGGAGUUGCUAGAGUGUGCACCUCUAAAACUAAGAGGGUCAUGCAGGGCUUGGCUAUGACUCGUAGCAUUGGGGACUACUUUUUCAAACGCCCUCAUGCUUUAUCAAUCCCCGAUCCGGAUGUUCAAAUACUACCAUUGGAUCAGAAGGAUUGCUUUGUCCUCUUGACGAGUGAUGGUAUAUUUGAGAAGACUAUGACUAAUGACCAGGCUAUAGCAUUAGCAGCGGAGAGACUGAAAGCAGAGGGCCCAGAGGGUGCAGCUAAAGUUGUCAUACGAAAUGCGUACAGCCAAGGUUCGGAGGAUAACCUAACUUGUAUAUGCGUGCAAUUUGAUUGGCAUGAUACUAAAUCAUUGGAUGUAAUGCUAAAGCGAGCGAAGGCUAAUGCUACAUCUGCUAUCGUCCCUAUACCCUCAACAGCUGUGGAGGAUGAUAGUUUUGAUAUGUUUGCUUGACAAUGGAUAGUGUAUUGGAUAUCAAUGGUGGUUUGGCAUAAUGGUGAUCUUUGGCAUCUGGACAAGUCUACCACUAGUACUACUUAUUCUAUACGGGCUCAUUGCAUUGGAGGAGUGGCGUGGGCACAGUUUUCCUCUACUCCAGCGCCGCCCGCCCUUGCCACUACUGCUGCUGCUGUUGGAGCCCUAUCGGAUGACGAUAAUAAAAUGACUUGAAGCCAUGCCGAUCAUUGUUACGUUACCAUUGUAUAGUUAUCCCCUGUAUCAUCUCCUGGCCAGUAUUCUCUAUUGGAAGCCAAUCCUUACUAUGUUGGUAGUGAUGAUAGUGGUAGUGGUGGUUGGAGUAUUAUUAUCACAAUAUACUAUUACUAUAUCCUAUGCGGCCCUGGGAAUGAUCUACGAUGCUCACCAAU